GAAAAAGAGCAGGGCAGCCAGCCCGGAGCGCCCUUUUCCCCUCCAACAGCCGGAAAAAACCCUCCGUCUUGCCGUAGCGGUGAUGACACCCCGAGAACAGCCCGGCCUCCUCUCGCCCGCCCCGGAAAAGGCUGGUCGGGUGCGCUCCUUGUCGCUGCGCACCGCUGCGCACAGCCCCGCGGAGCGCGGAGCGGCCAUGGGGCUGCGCUGGCUCUGCGCGGUGCUGCUGGCGCUGCCCGGCGCCUGGGGUGUCUGCCCUCCACCGCCGAGGUUCAUCUUUGCCGAGCCCACCGCCCCCCUGAACGAGUCCUACGCUGUGGGGACCAACUUGACAUACAGGUGCCGCCCAGGAUACACGAUGGUCAAGUCCCCCGUGGUCAGCUGCCUCUCCAGCUCGCACUGGUCGUCGAACCCCGACUUCUGCAUCGGGAAGUCAUGCGGUCCACCGAACAUCAUGAAUGGCAACUUCGAAUACACGACCAACCUCUCACUUGGGGCAACAAUAAACAUCACCUGCAACGUCGGGUACCGAUUAAUCGGGAAGCCAUCUGUGCAAUGUAUACUAAGAGGCAAUGAAGUUUUUUGGGAUGACAUUCCACACUGUGCCAUUAUUCCCUGUUUACCGCCUCCCGCGAUUGAGAACGGGCAGCUGAACAGUGGGAACAGGGACUUCACCUACGGCAUGGCUGCAAUUUACAGCUGUAACAAUGGUUUUGAUCUUAUUGGAAAUAACACGAUUCACUGUACAACAGAUGAUAACCUUAAUGGAAUAUGGAGCGGUCCAGCCCCCGAGUGCAAAGUGGUCAGGUGUGAAAAUCCAGCCGUGAAAAAUGGGAAGAGGUUGUCUGGCUUUGGUCUAGAGCACAAGUAUAAAAGUACAGUGACUUUUGAGUGCAAUCCUGGUUAUUUCCUGAAUGGCAGUAGCAUAGUUAUUUGUGAAGCUGACAAUACCUGGAAGCCACCUCUACCAACAUGUGACCCAGUCUGUGGUCCUGCUCCACAAUUCCCUUUCGCUGAGUUAAGCAGCGCUGUGGGUGACAGUUCUCCUGCCGGGACUGAGCUGAGCUAUCGGUGUAAACCGGGUUACACCGUGGCACAGGGAAAAUCCUCUGUUGUCACUUGUCUGAGCGAUACGACGUGGUCUGCAGACCCAGACUUCUGCAUACGACAGCAAUGUGCCCGUCCAAACAUAGAGAACGGGGAUGUGAAUGCAGACAGUUUCCCGUUUGAGACCGUUGUGACAUUCACUUGUCAUCCUGGGUAUGAAUUAAAGGUGCCAUCUGCCAAAUGCGUGGUAUCGGGAAAUGGAGUUGAUUGGGAUCCAGCAUCUCCAUACUGUGAAAAACGGCUCCAAGAUGUUCUCUGUGAAGAGCCCCCCACGAUUGCCAGUGGCACGCACAAUGGCACAAAGGGCACGGACUUUGUCCAAGGCUCCACCAUAGCGUAUAAAUGCAAUCAUGGCUUCACCCUUGUCGGAGAACCCUUUCUUCGGUGCAUUGCAAGAGAUCAAUACCAGGGAGCCUGGAAUAACCCUGCUCCUGAAUGCAGAGGUGGAGCGAACAUGAUCAUUGUUGGAAUCUUCCCCCUCCUCCUGGCAAUGCUGGUUAUGAAUGUCUAGAAGCAGGGAGGCACCUGUAGAUGUGGUGGAUGUGAUCACGCUCAUCCCAAUGCUCUGCUUUUCCACCCUGUGAAAUUGGCCUUGAAUCCUCAACCAACCAACCUUGGAUCACGAAGCCAAGAUGCUCCUGCCCAGGUGACACUCGCGCUUUUGGCUGCAGCAGCCGCAUGUUGUGUUGGACCCAACAGCUCGUGCCCUGGGAUGGGGUGAGAACCCGGUUAUCCCCAUGUUAAGUCACAACGAUGCCAAAGACCUUCAUACUGUAAUAAGACUCCAGGAAAAUCAUGCACUUUGAGUACCUCCAGAUACUCAGUUUUUCAGCCGCUCUAAGGUCAUGUCGUGCCUGGUCCUGAGCAGGAAUCACGAGUUUGUAAGUGUCCUGAGGUGAAAAGCGCUGCCGCUGCUAAGAGGAUUAAUGGUGAAUGUCUUCAUGGGAGUGAUAUAUGCUUGAAAAAAUUAAGUUUGAUACAAAUAGGAUGCAUAAGUCACGUAUUACCUGUGGAUACUGAAAGCAUUGGAAGUCUUCAUAUACAAGCGCUGUUGUAGCUGUUACUUCAAGGCAAGUCUGAACGACUGUACAAAUACCAAUCCUUACAGGCCAGUAAUUUUACUGGAGAGAAAAAAAUUGAAAUGCCUUAGUACAAAGAGCUACUAUUGUGCCUCUUCCUGUAUGUAUGAAAAUGAGUUUUAAACCUCAGCCAAAGGUCUCUCUCUGCCCUGGCACUGUCUUUGUAUCACAUUGAGAUUUGCGGAAACACCUUUCCUGUCUGUGCAGUGACUUGACGCUUCUCUGGGAGCCGUGAAGCUUUGGGUGGAACCGAUGCGGGUGGACGCUCAGGGCAGCAGAGCUCAUGGGCAGGUGGUGUCCGGGCCGAAUGCUGAACUUGCAGGUGUCCCAGCAGAUGCCACCAAACAUCAGGAACCUUUUCACUUUCUGCUCAAAUGCCACCUGCCCGGGGCGACUCUGAUGCAGGGAAUUGCUGUCUGAAUUUGCACUUUUUCAGGUGGUGCUGUGCACCCCAAGCCCAGCUCAGCCCCGGGACGCCUCAAGGUGAUGCUGAGGGAGGGCAAGCAGGAUUUUGGCCUCUCGUACCAGGCAACUGUUGCUGUGAUGCUGCACCCAAAGCGGGUGCUUAUCAAGCCACAGCCUUAAUUGACUCCAUUGUGGGGACUGGGACACAGGCCCCACGUCUUUUGUGCACUUUGUUUUCCUCCUGUCUAACCUGACCUAGUUGAUUGUUGUGUCGAGGAUGGUUUGCAAGGGUGGUUGUGGGGGAGCGAGGCAGCGUGCUGUCCCCAGCUCAAUUCAGGCUUUGGUCAUGCAACAAGGACAGCUCAGGUGAUGGGAUCUCGCCUUGUCUGAACCCAAAGACAAAGGUGAAAGUGCCCUUGGUUUGCUUGGCUGAUAGAAAACGCACAUCGCGAUGUUAGUGUCCCUCCCUGGCUUUAAUUCCACCUUGCUAAAUGAUCAUUUAAUAAGCAAAAGGGCUAUGUAGCAUCUUGUAAAAUUAAGUGAAGAACUGAAGGUUUUCUGGGAAUCUUAUUUAUAAGGAAAACACAACUGUGAUGGGAUUUAAACUUAUAUGCAGCUAUUGCCUGAACCUAGCUUGAGAAAGUAGGACUUUUAGCUGCUGGUAAAGGAAGAUAUUAAGGUUCAGGGUUUUGCUUGAAGCAGGGGUGACGCAUAUGUGAGCUUCUCAUGACGCACACUUGGGAACAAGAAGUAUUUGAAAUGUGUCUAUUACAUGUUUUUGUUUCUGCAUUUUCACCAGCGCUUUCCUGUUAACAGGAACAUGCGUCUAAUUAGAGGGCAAAAACACAAAGAGCCAUUUCUAUCAACACGUUAGCCGUGUUCCAAAUAACCCCACAAAGUUCUCCCUUCCCGGCAGAGCAUUAUCCUGUUCAGCUGUCGCUGGGGCGCCACAAGAUACUGUUUUCGGAAGCCAGUCUUGCAGAACAAGCACUUGCAGAUUGCUGGUUAUUUUUAUUUCUCUCUUCCCAUGAGCCAUGUGAGUGACUAGAUGAACAAAACACAACUGUAAAGCCUCCUAGCUUAGUGUUCUGUUCUGUUUUAUUUUAAUCCAAAUACAGUUGUUCCUAUUGCAUAGUCCAGAGUGUUUUUUCCCAAAUGAUUUAACACCUGGUUUGGGGAUAAGCUUGAAAUGAUCUCUCCUCGCAACCAAAUGGAAGGAACUGUAAAUGCUGUGAUGUAGUUUAUGGCUGUGGUGACCAAAGUUUACCAUUGAAGAGCGUUUGUCUACUGUGUUUGUUAUUGAGUUGUACAUAAUGUUACUUCAUUAGUGAGUGUAACCAAUCAAGUGCAAUUCUGAAAUCUAAAUCUUGGAUAUGUGAAUAUUGGAGGCUCUCUGCCAAUAAAAGGGAUAAAAAGACUUGA